AUGCCACGGUCGAGCACCCGGCCGCCUCUCGCCCCCCUCAGUAUCGAGAGCUCACCCGCAUCGGGACAUAGCACACUACCCUCCAACAACUAUGGCCCCAAUCUUCCGGGCUUGCCACCUAUCCCGUCCCAGCCUCCCCCUCCCCGCACGCCCAGGAGGACGCCAGCGAUCAACCGUAAGGACCGGAUUAGCAAAUUUGACAACAACUUCGAUGUCACCUGGGCGCCGCGUCCGCCGCCCGAGGUCAUGUAUGAGCGCCUCGAGGAGUACUUCCCCGAGCACGACCUCGACAAGCCGGUCAUCGAGACGCCCUCAGGUGGCGCGUCGCCCACGUCCACGGAGGCUCCUGCCGUCCCGAUCACGCAGCGCUUCAAGCACAAGAAGUCGAUCCGUGUCGUUGCCGCCGAGCACAAGCGGCAAUUGGACCGCACGUCGCGCGCGGAGGAUGCUACGUACGCGCCCAUGUCGCGCAAGCGGCACACGAAGAUGUGGGGCAGCAAGCUGGAGGAGGUCACGACGGAGCAGGGCAAGGGUCCCGCGUCUUCUGGCUCCGACGCGUCGCCCGGCGGUGGUGCGAAACCCAUUUUCCGAUGGGUGCGGGGUGAGCUCAUUGGCAAGGGCACGUACGGCAGGGUGUACCUGGCGCUCAACGCCACUACGGGUGAGAUGAUCGCCGUCAAGCAGGUCGAGAUUCCCCGGACGGCGAGCGACAAAGACGACUCCCGGCAGGUCACGGUCGUCGAAGCGCUGAAGCUCGAGAGCGAGACCCUCAAGGACCUCGACCACCCGAACAUCGUGCAGUACCUCGGUUUCGAGGAGACGCCGACGUUUUUGAGCAUCUUCUUGGAGUACGUACCUGGUGGUUCGAUCGCGAGUUGCCUCCGGAAGCAUGGUCGCUUCGACGAGGAAGUCACGAAGUCGUUCACUGGGCAGAUUCUCGGCGGCCUGGAGUACCUCCAUUCUCGGGGCAUUUUGCAUCGGGAUCUCAAAGCGGACAACAUCCUUGUCGAGACUACCGGCGUUUGCAAGAUCUCCGACUUUGGUAUCUCCAAGCGCACAGACGACAUCAACAUGGCGGGCGUGCAUACUUCGAUGCAGGGCACCGUGUUCUGGAUGGCGCCGGAAGUCGUGAACUCCAAGGGCAAGGGCUACAACUCCAAGAUCGACAUCUGGAGUGUCGGUUGUGUUGUGUUCGAGAUGUGGACGGGUCAACGCCCAUGGCUUGGUCGGGAAGCGAUGGCGGUCCUGCUUCACUUGUAUCAUACCAAGCAGGCGCCUCCGGUACCCGAAGGCAUCGAGCUUUCUGCGCUCGCGGACGACUUUAGGCUCAAGUGCUUCGCAGCUGACCCCGACCAACGUCCUUCGGCUUCGGAGCUACGCCGGCAUCCCUACCUUGAACUCCAGCCGGGCUGGUCGUUCGUCGGCUUCAAGUAG